UCAUCUGAAAAAGCGUCCAACGCGUUUUCGUGGUUGCCGUCGAGAUCACCAAAGCGAGCUCAUAAAACGACUACCGAGAACGUCCAAGGAGUUGUCAGCGCCAGUGACACGUUGGAAACGUUGGCUGAGAAGAACGAUGGUAUACCGUUGUUUUUGGCACGUUGCGUGGAGUACAUCGAAAAGAUGAUCCUUGAUGUAAAUGAGGAAGGCGGUCUGGAAAUGGAAGGCUUGUACCGUGUGCCGGGAAACCAAGCUCAACUGAGCGAGCUGGAAAAAGCUUUCCGAGAAAAGGGUGAUGUGGACAUUGCGAGUAUGGACAUGCCGGUGCACGUGGUGGCGACAGCGGUGAAGAACUUUUUCAGUUGUCUGGCAGAACCGCUAAUCCCGAUGGAAUUACAUCAGGAUAUCCUUGACUGCAUUAAUGGAUCUGAGGUCGUUGAACAACUGCAUGCAGUCAUGAGCCGAUUAACACCAGUAAAUCGUAACGUCCUCAUCUAUUUCACAUCUCAUUUAGAAAGAGUUGCCUCGUCUCCUAGUACCGCCAUGGAUGCGCAAAAUCUCUCAAAAGUUCUUUUUCCUACGUUAUUCAGGUAA